GCCAGAUGAAUUUCAUCUCCGGCAGCAAGUGAAAUUGGCGGGAGUAAAAUGGAGGUACCGGUGAAUAUAGCUGCAGGCGGCCGUGCCUGGGAGCCUGGGACUGCCAACAGAAUCAGAAUUUCGGUGCAAAAGUUGCAUGAAGUUACUCCCCCCUCCGGUGCGGAAGAACCAGUUUACAUUCCACCCGCUCUGCCAGUGAAUAAACCACGGGGCCACAGUAAAACAUUCGCUGCAAGUGUGUCAGGAGGAGCAUCAGCAGAUGAGCAUCAAACAAAAUCAAGUGGUCAGCAAACUCAAAAAGAAAGCAACCAUAAAUUACCAAAAUGGCAGCGUUCAAAUUCGAAUCAUGAACAACUAACUGAAGGAUGCCUUCUGAUGGAGCCAGGAGAUGGCAGCACACACGAAGGAAAUGAUGUUUUGAUUUCCCAUUAUACCAAAGGACAGAAAGAAGCAAAGAAAGCUAUUGUCAAGAGUAAGGUGCGGAGAGGGCCAAUAGGAAAGAAGGUCAAAGUACAGAUUCUGCACAAAUCUUCUGUCACAGACUUGGAUUCUUUUACACGUGAUGAGGAAGAGACUCAACACCAUCUGAAUUCUGUCACAACGACAGCAGCUGCCACUGCAGCAGCCAUUGUUGCUACUGCACCUCUCCUUAAGGCUCAGAGUGACCUUGAUGUUAAACUUUCUACUGUGGCUGAUUUGGGGACUAAACUCCAGGAAAUGGAUCAGCAGAUGAAGCAAGUUGUAGAGCAGCAAGCAAAGGUUCGGGCUCAGGAUUCAGGCUCUAAGGAACCACAAGAAAGAGUCCGAGAACUGGAGACACAGUUGAAUACACUCUUGAAUCAACGACUCUGCCAUUUGGAGAAAUUUCAAGAACAGCAACUUGAACUUCAGUCGAGAAUAUUGACUUCAGCAUUCACAAUGAGCAACAUCCAUUCUGUUGAUGCGGCUCCAACACAUUCUGACAAUAUGACACAGAGUUCAGCAGCACAUUGUACUCAGUAUUUGAAUCAAGGCCUCCAACAGUUGCCAAGCAACAGUAUCCAUUACGUUUCUCAUGGAGAUGUGCCGUCUGACUCCUCUGCAGCACUACUGGCUUGUCGAAGUCGUCCUUUUACAAACGGAUUUGACAUGGGAGGUUCUCUGCAGACUCCUGCUCCUCGUCAGUUUGCUCCUGUGCCAAUGUCGAAGGAUGUUCAAGUUCAGCAAAAGAGGACGAAGUCUGCCAUUCAGAAGGCCAAAGUGGAUGCAGUGAUUUCUGCAGAUAGACCAGGAAAUCGUAAUUUUUUUGAUGAGCUUCUAAAUAAUCAGGAAACUCCAGCAAGUGGGAUUGAUACUGUAGAGAAGACCAGUGUUGCUAUGACAACUGCAGGCAGACAUCCAGACAAGUCCAGCUGUGGCAACCUGCUGACUGAAUCGUUUACAGCCUUUGUAGCCCCCUCUAGGGGUUCUGGAUCAGCAGCUAGCAAAGCCAGCCCAGCUGUACAGAGAGCCACUGAUGUGCUGCAUGACCUUGGCAAACUGAAGAGAGAAAUGCAUGGAAUUCUACAGGAGGCAGAGCAUUGGCAAUCUGACCUCCAAGACAUCAAGAAUGCCAAGCUGAGCAACAGCCACAAGUCUAUUGACUCGGCAUGUCUGCAACAUCAUCUGCUCAAACAGCCUACCUGUAUUGGCAGACAGGCAAACUCCAGUCAUUCUCAGAAGCCUUCGCUGCUUCAAUCAGUAAAAGCACCAAUAUCAAUGUUUGAAGAUGCUGAAAGAAUUCUGCGUGAAGUGCAAACUAAUAAGAAAUUCAUUGAAGAAAAUCUGCAUGCAAUUGCUCAAGCAAAGGACAGCACUUCUGUAUAUUCAUUAAUUGAUUCUUUGGCUGCAGACAGUGAUGCAGCUGAGAAGAUUCGAAUUGGGAAGACUGUUGAUGCCUGGAUCACUAUUAUUAAUCAGGACAUACAGGAUGAAAUUGCAAAGAAAAAUUUUCUUCAGAAAGUUUCAACUAACCAACAGAAAUGGGAGCUGAGCUUUACUAGUAAAGGAGGUGAUGUCAAAGCUAUCAAAUUUAAUGAAGAUGUAAAAGAUAAAAGCCAAAAUAAACCAGAGUCAACAACAAAGAGGUCCUUGAGCACAGCAAGACCUCUGCAAAAGCAGCCUAAGGAGCCUUGUGAAAGUAAAAAUCUGAGAAGCAAGGCUGUUGUACAGUCAUCGUUGCACAAAGAGCAAAGGUCAAAGAUAUCCGCUAAUCUGGAUGGGAUUACUUUGAGUGACCCAGUUUUGCAAAGUGAAGACUACCUCAGAAGAGUGUAUGGAAAGGCAGUUUAUCAAGGGCAUCGUAGAACUUACAAAAAAGGUCCAUAUCUGAAGGUGAACUCUCCGAUACCUAAAUCCAAGCCACAGAGGCCGAAAAUGAUUGAGAAUAUUAAGGGUGUCAAGCUGAAAUCCACAAGAACUCAAACCACAUCAUCAGCAGUCAAGAAAGCUGUAACCACCCAAAGGACAGAGCAGCACAUCUCUGUUCCAGAUUUUCAGAGCAACCAAUACUUGUUUAGUCCAUCACAUCAGAUACCAUCAACAUCACGUAUUUCAGGCCCAAUUGAAGGACAGCUUGUCCCAAUGGCUAUUGCUCUAGGUGAACCACGGAUUGAUAAUGGUGUUCCACAAGCUGCAGAUUUGAUUAUUAGCGGUGCACCCUCCGUCAUACCGAUCUCAGCUUCCUCAACUCUUCCAAAAUUAGAGCUUCAGACGAAAAAGUCCAACAUAGCUGUUGUACACAUGAAAUCUGAAAAGAGGGACCCAAUUAAGUUAACUGUCCAGGUACUGCCAAACGUGGAUAUCGAUAGCCUUCCCAGUAUCAGUCCUGAACUGAGCCAGAGAUCACCAAGCCCUGAGCAGCAGCAAGUUAUGUCCUAUCCUGUACAAACUCCAAUCCAGUCACAAGAGGCAGUCCAAACUGAGGAAGAUGAUGUUACAGGUUUUCCAGGGACCAGUUUUAUUGCUGUUGCAGAUUUACCAAAGGAUCCAGCGACUGACUUUGAACUUCAAGGAUCACCUGAACCCAGUAUAGAACUAGAAGGUUUUGCUGAGCCCAUCUCUGUUGCUUACAAUGGUCCAUCAUUGCCUCCCUCUGUUCCUAUUCAUCAAGAAGCUGUUGAUAUUGUAGACAGAAUGAUAAAACGUCAGGAAUCAAUUGAAAACCAGUUGGUUGAGUGGGUUGAACAAGAGGUCAUGUCUCACAUCAUUAGUCAGAUGUAUCCCUUACAGUAUCAGCCUGUGCCACACAGCAGCCAACCUGAAGAUGAGGAUAAUGGACUACUGGGCUCAGAUAAUGUUGAAUCGGUCAGGGGAGGAAACCUCCAGCUGUUUGUGGAUGCAGGCGUUCCAGUGGAUACUCAAAUCGUUCGACAGCUUGUAGAUGAAGCUCUUGCCGAGAUUAUUGCCAUCAUGCUAGGCCAGCACCGGAGUGGAAGCAGAAGUCAUAUCCAAGAACUUGCUCAGAGAGAAACACCUUCACCAAUGAUGUUGGUCCCAACACCAGAUCCAACCCCACGACACACUCCAUCGCCUCCUGUUGGACGUCUGUCCUUAAUCCAAACACCAGACGUUACACCCCAAGAUUCUGUCGCAGUAUCAGAAGAGAAAGAAUCAGAACCUGAACCAGAACCAGAACCUUUACUGAAAUCAUCACCAGUUUUAGAUGCUGCAGGACUAGCAUCUCCAGGAAAAUCAAGUCCUAUUGGUACUCCUGUUGCCACACCAUUCUGUACACCCUCAAGAGUGUCAACGCCAUCACCAGUAACAGAACCCAUCUCUGAGAAGAUAAAGAAUGCAAGCUUCAUGCUUUCACAGCUUCCAAACCCCUGGGGAGAUGUAGAGCUCCCUCUGGAGGAAGAAAAUCCCAGCUCAUUUCAAGAAGCAACACGACAGGCAAGAGCUAUUGUCAUGUCGGUAGCUAAGGAUGAAGAUCCUGAGAGUUUGGCACUACCACCACAUGCUGUCAUUCCUGUAAACCCAACCUCAUCUCUGCCAGAUGUACAAGUUCCAACAGCCCCUGUUCAAUCACUGACUCCAGUCCCAUCAACAGAAGGAAGUAGCUCAACAAUCUCCAUCACUGAAACAGAGACCGCUGACCGAAACAUCUCUGAAGGAGAGAUCCUCCUAAGCUAUGGACAAAUGGCUGCAGCAAAAGCUUUAAUAGAAGAAGGUAUCUACUUUCCAAACUUCAAUGUUAGUCUGUCCAAUACACUCCACGAUGCUCAAGAAAUGGAUGAAGAUCCUCCCAGUGAGGGACAAGUAAUUUCAAAGACACACAAAGGAUUGCAAAAAUACUCACUUGGCACAAUGUUGGCACAAGUCAGUCAAGGUCCAUAUGCUCCACAAGAAAUACAUCAUCCUGAGGACUCUGAUGAUGAUAGCAGCACAGGACAGAUCAGUGAAGGCCAGAUGCCCAAAUUUACUGGAGCAGCAGAAAGCAUCCUGACUGGACAAGCACAAUACAGAAGUUCUCGAUCAAUGAAUAGAGACUCAAGCUUAACACGAAGAGGACGUUCACCAUCACCAGGACAGUUUGAUAUUCAAAAAGAGAGAAAUGGAUGGGAGCUAGAUACCAGCUAUGGACCUAUGACCUUGGCAGAUCUUGAAACAUGUCCCAUCCCAGCACUUCACAGCAGUCAAGCACUCCAGAAGACCCCUAAAUCAGAAAGCCAGGGACAGGAUGAUGACAUACCUGCGAUGGAGCAAAGACCAGCAACUGCAAGAGUGAUAAAAGUUCAAAGUAGAACUCCAGAUGCCAUAGAACAAAGUACCAAGGCUGAAAACUCUUCUGAACUUCAAGCAACUGCUUUGAAAAUGUCCGUAACAGUACCUUCCAUGAAUGAAGAGGAGCAAUCUGGCAGCAUCAGCACUGUAGAUGGUGACGACACUUCUGGGGCUGAGAUAUUUUAAACAUUCACUUUCUUAUAAAAAGCUUUUAUCAUUAUGAAAGUUUUCUAUUAAGUAUUUUGGAAUAUUGUUAUCUUUUAAUUCUAAGUUUCAGUGAUUUUAAUUUAUGUUUGUUGUAACAAAUGAUGGCAAAAGCCUUAUUCUUGAUUGCAAUAUAUUGUAAUAAACCUGAUGCAUUCAUGAUUGUGUUUUAAUUAAGCAAUAAAUGGA